CAGUACCAUUGCAUCGUCUUUGAUUUUAGGACGUUCACUGACUAGAAAAUAGACCGCCAUUGGACGAAAUGCUCCGGUAUAAGCGCUUUCUUUGUUCUUGUGUUUUAUUAUUGAGUGUUAUUGGUGCCACGCAGGGAUGUUCUACGUUCAGAGUAAUUACGAAGACACGCUCAAUAGUUCCUUUCUAUACCUUUGCUGGAAUAAGACCAAGACUUUUUACCUACAACUCAUUUGAAAGAGUUUGCUGCGAGGGAUAUAAACGAAACUUCAACGCAAAAUAUCCUUACCAAGAUUCCUGCGUACCACACUGUGACAAUUGCACAAACGGUGAAUGCAAGGAACCGCAGCGCUGUGAGUGUGCACCAGGCUACGCCAAUACCAAAUCAAAAGGGGAAUGUGAUCCAGUCUGCGGUUUGCCCUUUUUUUCGAAUUGCUUCAAUGGCACUUGUACAGCCCCCGGUACAUGCACAUGUCUCCCUGGAUAUCAGCCCAGAAACGAAACAAAGUCCGUUUGCGUACCUAUUUGUAGUCAAGGCUGCCCACAAGGAACCCACUGCAUUGAUCCAGAUGUUUGCUCAUGCCCAAAAGGAUAUAAAACCAUAAAUGGAACUUGUUCGCCUUCGUGCAAGGAGGAGUGUCAGAAUGGACAUUGCAGUGGGCCUGAUGUGUGUACUUGUCACGAAGGAUAUACGUUACGUAGCGGCAGUAACACCAUAUGUGAUCCGAUCUGUGAAAGCCCCUGCUAUCAUGGUACCUGUGUUGCGCCUGGGAAGUGUGAAUGUCAGGAAGGCUAUCAUCAUAUCGCGAAUUUUUCUUCAUUACCGUGCAUACCGACUUGUGAGCCUGAGUGUUUCAACGGGGUAUGUAUUGAACCGGGCAAAUGCUUCUGUGAUAAAGGCUUUGUUUUCAAAGAAAACAGUACCGUAGCCUGCGAGCCAGCUUGCCAUCUUGGAUGCGAAAACGGGUUUUGUUCAGAUGCUUCGACAUGUGAGUGCCACAUAGGAUAUGUCAAAACCGAACCCCAUCGGUGUGAGCCAGUUUGCGAAAAGGAAUGCAUCAAUAGUAAAUGCACGGGGCCAAACGUAUGCACUUGCCUCGAGGGCUACCAAAUGAACCAAACACAUUCUGAUUCCAGUCGCUUCCAUUGCGACCCUAUUUGCACCCUUUCCUGUCAAAAUGGUCAUUGCAGUGGCCCAGAAACAUGCACUUGCAAUCCUGGCUACCGGAAAAUUGGAAAGUAUCAAUGUGCACCCAUAUGUGAUUCCGGAUGUACAAAUGCGGAUUGUGUUGCACCAAACAAAUGUCAAUGUUGGACGAACUAUAAACCUGAUCCUACCGACAAAACUAAGUGUAGCCCACAUUGCGAUGACUGCGCAAACGGGGUGUGCAUUUUACCAAAACUUUGCGUAUGCAAUAAAGGAUAUAUGAUGCAUCGUUCAUCAAAGCCAUUUUGUCAGCCCUUUUGCACGCCAAGCUGUAAAAAUGCACGGUGCGUGCCCGGACCGGUUUGCGAAUGCCUUCCAGGAUAUCAGUUCGCACCAAAUAGCACCAGUGAUUGUGAGCCUGUUUGCGAUCCACCAUGUAAAAAUGGCAAAUGCGUCGGUCCGAAUGACUGCCUUUGUGACGAGGGUUUCGACAACGAACCCUCAGAUAUGACUAACUGCAAACCAGUUUGCUCACCUUACUGCGAUAAUGGCGAAUGCACUGCUCCCGGAGUCUGCACGUGCCUAAAGGGUUAUAAGAAAGAUGUCAAUGAUUCAAAUAUUUGCAUCCCAGCUUGUACGGAAACUUGCAUUAAUGCUUUUUGCUCAGCUCCAGAUACCUGCACAUGUGUGGAAGACUACCUGUUCAAGGAAGGUAGCACGGUAGAGUGCACUCCAGUAUGUAACCCCAAGUGCAUUAACGCUGACUGUAUAGCACCGAACGAUUGCCAGUGUUUCGACGGAUUCGAAAGGGUAGAAGGGCCAUCCGGAAACUAUACUUGCAGUCAGAAAUGUGCAGUUACGUGUGGUAAUGGUACUUGCAUUCCACCCUUGAGCUGUGACUGCCACGAGGGAUAUUAUUUCGAUAAUAGUUCGUCGACGUGUAUCCUGCAUGAAAGCAAUGCAACUGCAAUGAAGCAAGGAAGAAGCAGGACAACCACGGUAAUAGUUUGCACUUCAGUGUUAUUGUUUGCUCUACUGUGUGGGGUUACCUACUUAUUUUCGCAAGAGCGGUUCAGAAAGAAAUGGUCAUUAAGACGGUUGAGCCCAGGGAAUGGUUCAGAAGUUUACCAAAACUUAGUCUUUGAAGAUAAUUAAGGUGAUAUAUUAUUUCUUGUUAAAUUGUUCCUAUCAGUACCAUAUAAAUAAAUUAAAGACAAACGG